AUGUCGUCCACUUCCUCCGUAGCAAAGCGCCUCGAGGGCAAGACCGUGCUGGUCACGGGUGCUUCGUCCGGCAUCGGACGCAGUAUCGCGCAAGAGUUCGCUCGGACCAGCCCGAAGGACCUGAAGAUCAUCAUCACGGCGCGGCGGAUCGACACCCUGAAAGAAGUGGCGGCGGACAUCAAGAAGGAGGUCGGCGACGGGGUUAAAGUGCUGCCGGUGAAGCUGGACGUGUCAAACCCCGACGAGGUGGCCAACCUGAUCCCCAGCCUCCCUGCCGAGUUCAAGGACAUUGACAUCCUCAUCAACAACGCCGGGCUGGUCAAGGGCGUGGACCAGGCCCCCGACAUCAAGGCCGAGGACAUCAACGUCAUGUUCGCGACCAAUGUGACGGGCCUGAUCAACGUGACGCAGGCGGUGCUGCCGAUCUUCAAGAAGAAGCGCAACGGUGAGGACGGUGGGCGCGGCGACAUCAUCAACAUCGGCAGCAUUGCCGGGCGUGAAGGCUAUCCUGGUGGCAGUAUUUACUGUGCAACCAAGGCCGCCGUGCGCACGUUCACGGAUUCCCUGCGCCGAGAGUUGAUUGCUACGAGAAUCAGGGUCAUUGAGAUCGAUCCGGGCCAGGUCGAAACGGAAUUCUCCGUCGUCCGAUUCUACGGCGACAAAUCCAAAGCCGACGCUGUGUAUAAGGGCGUCGAGCCCCUCACGCCGGACGACAUCGCCGAGGUGGUUGUCUUUGCUGCCGGGCGGAGGGAAAAUGUCGUGAUUGCGGAUACAUUGAUCUUCCCCAAUCAUCAGGUCAGUCUCUUCCCCCCUCACGUCCGCCCUUCCUGCCUUCACCAAGUCGUGGGCAUGGACUUUUUUCAAGCCUGGCCCGAAUCCGUGUUGCUUCUGUUUCAUUUUGGACCAGCUCUGGGCUAA